CUAAUCGAAUCGAGGCACAAUUGAACCGAACUCGGGAAACCAGUGGUCAAAAACACAAACUGAAAGUGACAGACGAACCUUUCCCUCCACCUUCGAUACCGAAGAGAGAGAGAGAGAGAUGGCAGGGCACGUGACUUGCUGCACGUCGACGUUCUGGUUCUACGUGGUGAUAGUCGCAGGCCUGGUUAGCUUCGCCGGUCUCAUGGCCGGUCUCACCCUCGGCCUCAUGUCUCUCGGCCUCGUCGACCUCGAAGUCCUCAUGAAAUCCGGCCGCCCCCAAGAUCGCAUAUACGCCUCUAGGAUAUUUCCAGUUGUGAAGAACCAGCACCUUUUACUCUGUACAUUAUUGAUCGGAAACUCUAUGGCAAUGGAGUCUCUUCCCAUAUUCUUGGAUAAGCUGGUGCCUGCGUGGGCAGCAAUCUUGAUAUCAGUGACUCUCAUCCUCGUGUUUGGAGAGAUAUUGCCCCAAGCAAUUUGUACACGAUAUGGCUUGAAAGUCGGGGCCUAUAUGGCACCUCUUGUCCAUGUUCUACUCUGGGCGUUCUUUCCUGUUGCUUAUCCGAUUAGUAAGGUUUUGGACUGGAUGCUGGGUAAGGGACACAGUGUUCUUCUACGCAGAGCAGAGCUUAAGACAUUUGUGAAUUUUCAUGGCAAUGAGGCUGGGAAAGGCGGAGACUUAACACAUGAUGAGACAACUAUCAUCGCCGGGGCACUUGAAUUGACGGAAAAGACAGCAAAAGAUGCCAUGACCCCCAUAUCGAAGGCAUUUUCCCUUGAUCUGGAUGCAACUCUUAAUUUGGAGACGCUGAAUGCAAUAAUGACAAUGGGUCAUAGUAGAGUUCCUGUUUAUGCUGGAAAUCCAACUAAUAUUAUUGGUCUUGUCCUGGUUAAAAAUCUGUUAGCAGUGGGCCCAAAAGGUGCGCUUCCACUCAGGAAAAUGUUAAUACGAAAAAUUCCUCGGGUUUCGGAGAAAAUGCCUCUGUAUGAUAUUCUGAAUGAAUUUCAGAAGGGUCACAGCCACAUUGCUGUUGUCUACGAAGACCAGAAUGAGCCUCCAAAGAAAGCUAGAGAAGUCGAUAAUGAGACGGAUCCUGGUGCUGGUAUUGAGAAUCUGGGGAUGAAAUUUGAGUCACAUGAUGCUGAGGCCAUGGCUAAGAGUGAUGGCGAUCAACAGAAGAUGAGAAGUCCCCCACCUACUCCUAAAUUUAAGCGGCACAAAGGUUGUUCAUUCUGCAUUUUAGAUGUGGUGAAUACUCCUAUUCCUGUUUUCCCUCCCAGUCAAGUGGUUGUCGGAGUUAUCACAAUGGAGGAUGUCAUUGAAGAGCUUCUUCAGGAGGAGAUAUUGGAUGAGACUGAUGAAUAUGUAAACAUACACAACAGGAUAAAGGUCAACAUGCAUGCACCCCAAGAAAAGUCUCCCGAUCAGAGCUCGCCACAGCAUUCGCCGGUCACUUCUAGCCCUGAAGCUUCACCACCUCGGCCUUCUCCUCCUACUCAUCCUGUUUCCACCGAUACUUCACAAUAACAGUUUCAUCCUUUGCAAACCCCAAAAUUCCAGAUGGCGGCCUGUUAAUGAAAUAGUUAUACUCUUUGUUCUUUGUAUGAUAGUAUCUAAACUGAAAAACUGGCUUUAUAAAGAACACACAAGCUGAGGAUGCAGUUCUAUUGCAGAUUUGCUUCAAUAGAGUUCAAAGAAGGUGGUUGUUUGCACACUUGGCUUUAAAUAUUUUGUAGUUUGUAGAUUGCUGUGAAGUAUCUGUUGUAAUCACCUAUUUACGAAUACCCUCCCAGUGAUGUAUGUAUCGAUUUUGUCUCUUUAAGAAU